AGCCUUUGAGAGUUACAAUGUUUAUUUUGAAGGGAUAGUUUACGUUUCUUCAGCAGACGGCAGUUGGAUUAAGAUGAAGAACAUUGUUAAAAGAUGAAUUGCUCGUUAUACAAGACUGUAUUAGGUUUGCAAGCCUCAGUCUGAAAUAGGGAAUUCAGUUCUAUUUCACUGGCCUUGUGUACAAUUUAAAUCUUCUUUCCAAUCACUUUUUACAUUGAAUACGGUAUAAUACGGGGGAGGGGGAUAACGUAGUUAAAGGGUCGCGAGGAAAGAGAUGAUUUUAAACAAGUGCUCCCAUAAACUUGAGAAGAGAUGACAGUGUUUUGUACAUGUGUCCCCAUAAACUUCAGAAGGGGAACCCAGGAAGAUAACAAUGCACUAGAGACGCACCGAUCAGUGAUUGGUCAGUCCUUUCCCAGCUGGCCCGAGCUGUCCAAUCACGGGUCAGUCCGCAAAACUAGUGGCGAUCCCAUGGGCGAUCCACGCAACUGAACGCCCAUCACGUUGCGCACAUGGAUCGGGUAGAGGUGACCACGCCACACCCAGCAGACCAAGGCAGAGUGCCUUUGCUGGAGGAACGGCUUGUGUAACAGCUGUAUCAGUGGCACCGACAGCAACCAGUUGCGCCAGCACCGUGCCUAGUUGAAAUGUCGAGUACGCAGAGGAGGCGGCGCAUGAAGCGGCCUCUCAGAGCGACAGGGCCCGCGAAAUAGUUGAGGAUAUUCGGACACAGUUUGUGAACAACAGUGUUUGCAUGCGUAUGUUUUUGCCGAAGCUGUAACGUUAUCUACUUUUUUGGAGGAAUGAGAGGCGUAUGUUCGGCUAUUAAAAUGGGAUUGUUUUUGCACGCUGUUGGCUCUGUCAACCCCACCGAGUCCGCAGCAGACAGGAGCCUACUGCACUGUGAAGGUAUUAACAACCAGAGCUACGUCUGUGAGUCCGGACACUGCUGUGGGAAGUCCCAGUGCUGCAGCUACUACUAUGAGCUCUGGUGGUUUUGGUUGGUAUGGGCAAUCAUCUUCAUUUUGAGCUGCUGCUGUGUGUGUCACCAUCGCCGCACCAAACACCGGCUGCAGCAGCAACAACGGCAGCAUGAGAUUAACCUCAUCGCUUACCGCGAAGCACACAACUACCCCUCUGUGCCCUUCUACUUCAGGUUUCUGCCAAACUACCUCCUGCCUGACUACGAAGAGGUGGUCAACCGGCCACCGACUCCUCCCCCUCCCUACAGUGCCUUACACACAGGCCCAUCAUCAGUGGCUUCUAGUCCACUGGCUCCUGAGCAGCAGGGGAGACACUGUCCAACCAUCCAGCCCACUCCGGUGCCCCCGGUCUCUGACAGUCUGUGUUGCAGACCCAGCACAGAGGAACCACAAACCCCCACCUUAGACUUGAGGCCAAAGCCUGACAACAAGCCCAUGCAGACAGCACAAGAUUCAGGCAUGAUACUGCUGUCAGAUGGGCUCAGUAGGGAGGGACUUACCAGCCAGGAGAAAAGAAGUGAAAGUGGGGACGACUCCUGCAAGGACCACCUGCUAAAGGACCCGUCAGAGGGUUCUGCUGAGGACAAAGACCGACUCCCCAAUGGAAGGAGGAGGCGAUUCACAGGUGACUCUGGGAUUGAGGUGUGUGUGUGCGGCACACGUGGGAGCAGCGGUUUUAGUGGAGCUGGAGGGACAGGCCAGGAAGGCAAGGAGUUGAGGGAGCUAGAGAGCCUGCUGGGGCACGAGGGAGACGACAAAGAGGAGGAGGAAGAGGAGGGGGAGGAGGCGGGCGACUUCUGCGACAGCUGUGGCCAUCGUGCCUCCUUCAGUGGGGAGGAGGAGCAGGCGCUGGGCGGGCUGGAGAGGCGGGUCGCACGUGGGCCGUCAGGAUCUCCUCAACCGGCUCAGCAGAUAGGCAGCGCCUCGCUCCACCCUCCAGUGUGCCUCCUCCUCCACACCAUCAACGAGCAGGAGGGACCGCACCACAGCACCAGCACUGAGCCGCAAGGCUGAAACACAGUCAGCACACCUUUGUUUCAUAGAGAGAAGGAGAGAGAGCACUUGAGACAGAGAAUGGAGGCAUAUGCGUUUGUAUCUGAGCAAAUGUUUUAUGACUAAAUACUUUCUGAGUGAGUAUUUUUAUGAAUGUGUGCAUCUUUGAUAAAACAGGGGUGGGAGCAGGCGGGGGAAUGUCAACUAAAUAUGAGUCAGAUCCAAAGGUUGAGAAAGCCUUCUCCUCCCCACACUGGAACAGUGGCCUUAACCUGUGUAUUAUGAGUUAUGUUUGGGCAAUUGAAGCCCUUUAACAGCCUGUGUCAAUUGAGAACACACACACACACACACACACACACACACACACACACACACACACACACACACACACACACACAGAGUGUCUUUCAGUUGUCCGUCUCAUGCAACGGAAGCUACUGACACAGUCUGAAGCUGUGACGACAGGACAUUAGGUGCCCAGGAUGAAUGCAGCCUUCCUCACCGCCGGGUGCUUGCAACAGUUCUGCAAAGCAGUUCUCUGCAGGCUACACCUACACUACAGUACGUAGUGACAAAAAAACAUAGCAGGAACAUUUUGGAUAAGUGCAAUGUGCAUUUACCACAGUGUGUGCUUAUGCAAACUGAUACUGUACAGGGACACUAGAACAAGACUGUGUGGGAUGUCCCGUACAUACUUCUAGUGCUUUUCAGCGUUUAAAAAACCGCUCUGCCUUGGCUGUUUUUGUUGCUCUCUAUUUGCCCUGCUAGUGAUAGAGAAGUAUAAGUGCAUUUACAAAUCUUGAUGUGAGCAGUUCCUAUUUUGCACAAAGUGUAUUUAUCUUUAUAAAUGAGCUUUUAGCUAAACAAAUCAAAACAGAAAAUGCUUUCAUUAAUUCAGUCUUAAAUCGCAGUACAUGAUUUAGUGUGUUAGGGUUUUGUUACAUCUGUAAGAAAUGGACCUCUGUUGAUUGUUAUGGAAUGCAACCGAUUCACUUUGUACACAAUCAUUUUAAAAUGAAUGACUCUUUGUAGUAUGACUACCCAGAAAAAUGCAGAACUUUGAUGAACAAUGAUAAGUUUCUUAGAGAUUAUAACUGAGAUGGGCAACUUCAGACCUCAAACUUUGGUGUCACAAAUAGUUUACCGCCUAAACCCACUAUACAGUAUAAAAUGCUCCUCCUCCUGUUGAGUUGACAAAUACAUCUUACGGGACUUAAGUUUUAGUUAAUUUAGUUUGAAUUAAAAAAACACAGAAAAAAAGCAUAGAUUCAGAUAAGGUAAUAAAAUAAGUUUGAUAGUUGUCCUUGGCUUUUCUUAAUAUCCAAAUAUCUAUAAAUAAAGAGUUUUGCACAACAGGUUUUUUGUUUUAUGGACAAACAAUACAAUAAGUUAACAAGCAAUAUUUAUAAUGUUAUAUACCAAAUAGUUCUGUUAAUGUAUCUUCUCUGGAAGACUUAGUUUGAAACGCCUUUAAGAGCUUAAAUGUUUUAAAUCCAACCUUAAUCCAAAUCUUACAGGGGCUGUUAUAGAUUAGAUGUUGAUGAUGAAUGGGCCAUGGAAAAUGCUAUGAGCGUGCUGUGUGAAACUUACAAAUUAAGUGAAAUUGUAGUUUUCCCACUCUCUGAAAUUAAUUGGAACUUGGUGAUGCUACAUUUCAUUGUCAUGCACGUGUUCUUUUUUCCGAUUUCCUCGUAGCACCCUAAAAAAUGCACACAUUGCAAUGUCUGCAAAGCACAAAUGUUUCAGUCAUUGGUCUCACAGAUUUCUAUAUAGUUGAAAAUGUAAUGUGAACUUUAUGUAUUAGCAGUAAGAUGAUUGAAUCUUACACAUCAAUGUCUGAACACACUCUAAAAUUCUUUAUAUGUUAAUGCUUUUUGUGAGCUAGAAAGUAAUAUUGUGUGAUUGUGGUACAUGUAACCAAGACAAGCUAUUUUCAUAUCAGCUGAAUCCUUUAAAAAAAAUAUUGGAACUGUAUACAAUUUUAGAACCACUUUAUAUUUGAAAAUGUGUAUAAUGUUCUGUCACAUGUUUGCGAACCAAAUAGUUGCUUUCAUAUUUUUUAUGAAAUCAUUAGCUUUAUUGUUAUGGUCGGAUUUUUUUUCUCAUGGUUAUUUUUUUCUGUUAGAAAAAGAUUUUUUUUAAAUAACUUAUCCUUAAGUUGUGUGAAGGGUACGUUUUGACUAGUAGAUAACUUGUUAACUUGUCAGGGGCAUCUUGCCAAAGACACGUUUUCUUUCUUCACCAGUGUGUGUAAGGUGGUUUUGCACAUGUCCUUUGAAUGUUCUGAUCAUAACAUAAGCCAUUUAUUACAGCAACCAAUAUGGAUGUAUUUUCAAUAAACAUGCCCUUUUAAAUUCA